AUGAAGAUAGUCAUAAUAGGCGCAGGCAUAUCAGGCCUGACAUCUUACCUCUCCCUAAAAAAACAUCUACCUCGACCUUCCGCCCCAGCCUCAGACCAUGUCUACACCAUAUACGAAGCCUAUGACACAGACAAGGACAGCACGUUUGAGCAGCGCUUAUCAUCUUCCGAAGCUGGAGAAGACAGUCUUCACUCUUCAACUCUGGUCGUUGGCGGCGGCUUAGGCAUUGGUCCCAAUGGCGUGAAUGUACUUCGGCGGCUUGAUUCCAAGUUGCUCAAAGAAAUUGUUGCGGGUGGUUAUGUGGUGUCCAAAUAUAACAUGAAGUCCAAACAUGGAAUACUUCUUAUGAGUAUGGACUCUCAGGUUCCUAUUUCUGAGAAUGAUCACUACGUCAAUGGUCAUGAGAGUGGGAAAAAGAUGAUCAAUUCAGUGGCUAUCAGCCGUCAUUCAUUAUGGCGUUGUCUGCGCACCCGAGUUCCUGAUGGAAUCAUUAUCAAAAAGCGAAUCUCGCAAGUAGUAGCAGGCUCAUAUGAUGAACCAGUUAUUGUCAGAUUUGAAGACGGCAGUAAGCCAGUUGAAGCCGAUCUGGUAAUUGGAGCAGAUGGGCUUCGGAGUAUCACCAAAAACGCAUUAUUCCCGGAUAUCAAAGGGGAUAUCUAUCCACCUCAAUACGAAGGCCUUGUGGGCAUUGGCGGCUUCAUAACUCUGACGCCAGACCUUCGCCAAAAUGUUGGCAAAGGGACAAUGACUUUUGUAUCUGGCGGCAACGGGUUUUUUGGCUAUUUUCCAGCUACCAGUUCUCCUUCUUCUCCUCAUAGUGACUCGAUUAGCCACAUUUCCGAACCAAGUGACCAGCUAGGAUGGUGGUCAACUUACGCAAUGAAGAAGUGUCCCACAGAUCUGCGCAACGUCAAUAGCGGAGAAAUUAUCAAAGAGUUGCGGACCAGGCACAAACACUGGGGCGAUCCAGUCGUACAAAGAAUAAUUAGCGAUGAAGCGUUAGAGAUCAAGCACAUUUAUCCAACCUGGACCGCUCCCGAGAUUCCAACUUGGCAACGAAAUGGUGUGGUAUUGAUCGGUGACGCAGCGCAUGCAUUACCCUCGACUUCAGGACAAGGAUCAUCACAGGCUCUCGAGGAUGUGGAAGCUUUCAGCUUGUUUCUCGCCAACGAACUACGCAAUGCCUACACAAAUCCACUCGCGUCACAAGUUGCUACUGAGAGGGUAGCAAUCACAACAGCAGCCAAACGAUAUGUCGAACUGCGGAAGCCGCAUGUAAAGAAGAUUCUCGAACAUGCCAAACAGAUGCAGGACAACAAGCGAGACAAGUCUCUCUUUGAGGAGUAUCUCAUGUACUGUGUCAUGUGGAUUAUGGGUUGGUUUCCUUCUGUCGUGUCGAAACCGUUGAUGGAGGUGGCUACGUAUAAUGUCAAGGAUGAAGUUGACAGGGUGCUUGGAAAAAGUCGGUCCAGGUAA